UGAAGUUGAUGAAUAUGUCCGUUAGAGGAAUGUCUCGGUUCUCAAAGAUCUCGUGGCCCACAUGAAGAACUCCAAGAUAAAUCCUCAAAGAGAUCCUCGAUUAUUGCACAUGCGGUCCUCGAAGCGUCAAAGGAAAAAGCUACCGCGACAGACGAGGGUCACAUGGCUCCAGGAACAGUAGUACCUCCCUACUUGGGAGCUGCAGUGAACAAAAAUACAAGCACAGGCAGAAAGGAAGAGGGUGCUCAGGCGGCGCCAAUGUCCGGUGAAAGUGGACCUCCUGGCACAGGAGAUCAAAAACCGCUCGAUGUCUCUGGUGGAGCCAAGCCACCCCCGCCGCAGCAGCCGGCGUAUCACGGAAAAAACGAAUUGUUGGACUAUAACACGGUCUACAGAGCAACCCACAUCAAUCCCCUCGUCACGACCCGUGCGGACUGCGAAAAAUACAUUGCAUUUUACGCCAUCGGAGAGAAUUUCGUGAAGGCGUUUUCUCGGGUGGGCAUCACUGGGAAAUUCGUGCAGGUUGCCGAUUUUGAACUUGUGUAUAGGGAUGAUGAAAGCUGCAGCGCUAGUAUUCCGGUACUAGAAAGAACGAAGAAACCCAAGACGCUGGCGUGGGCGACAAGGUUUGUUCUUGAAGAUAGUGGAACAAGUGUUUCCGGUUCUGGUGCUGAAAAUGGCGAUGGUACUAGAAAGAACCCCCUCAUCCUCCUCCAAGAUGUUGACGCGGACCCGAAUAACAGAGAAAAAGACCUCUUCGUCCUCGACUUGUGCAACAGUAGGGAAUAUCAAAUGCAAAAGUGUCUGGGGGUGGAAGGUCGAAACUUGUGUUGCUAACGUUGGACUUCAAAAAAAUCUGUAUUGCAUGCCCAGCAAGAGGAGUCUAGUUUGUGCUACGCGGGGAGGGCAUUUGUCAUGCGGAGUAGGCAUCAGGAAGCCCUCUAAAAAUCUGUGACGUUAGGUCGUGCAUUACAGACAUCCUGGGCCAUGCGAAAUAUGCAUGACAAACCCGGCAACAAUCCAGACCCAGACAAUAUUGCAUUUGAUAGGGAAGCACAAGCCGCACUUCCGCAAAAAUCUCCGAGAAGUGCAGCCCCACAACUGAAGAUCCACGAUGAAUCUACUACGCUUGGAAGAUCCGUCGUCGUGUCUAUUGAAACAACGAAAGAACUUUCCUUACCUAUCAAAUGUAAAAAUGUCUGGGUCAGGAAACUCGUGAUGCUGGGUGGCGUAUCAUGAGGAUCCCGCAAGUGCUGGCUCAGCAUGACAAGUUUCUGAGCUUCUAGGUGCUGUCUAUUGUGCAUGACAAACUGCGUUUCUGCAUGACAGAAAAAUGGCGCUCUUGGGUAACGUGCAUGACAGAUUCGAGAGUCAUGCCAGACAAGCAUGACAAACAUGCAUUCUUCCAGACCCAGACAUUUUUACAAUCCAUAUUACCCAUGAACCUACAAAACCCCUGCGGUGCCAUGGUGUCAGCAAGGAAACCGAACGUGAUUUACGGUGCGGCCUUCGGGAAGGAAGGACUGAGUAGCGGGGUUUGGGUGGCUGAGAUCAUAAGUGGAAAUAAAAGCGGAAAAAAUAGUGAAUUGUUAACCACAACGAAAAUAACCGGCGCGAAAUUGGCCCGGCCGGGGAAUGAUCAAGUGAACGACGGUUAUUUUGGGCCACACCACGUGCACAACGUGCUGGUUUUGGAUAAGCGAACCCCAGUACGGUGCGGAGGAGCACCCUCAACCGCAACAUUCGGCGACGAUAUUCUCGCUUUCGAUGUGGGCGACGGCAUGGCACUUUCCUGGUCUGGGACGAGGAAUAACCCUGCCGAAAACGGCGGGAUUUACUCCGUGCAGGGUAUGAUUAACUUCGACCACACGGACGAGGGUCGUGAUACGGUUACGUUACAGAUGACGAAAAUUUUGAGCAACUACCCGGUCCGGUCCAUGGUGCAGGAUUCUGAAGACAAAACGAUACUCUACGCGAUUACGCAGGAGCCACCUAAUGUUCCGACGAGAGUUUUGAAGUUGAAACUGAAAGAACCGGUGAUUUUUCAGGAAUCCGACGGGAAGAUGAAAAGUGUUGUAAAAAAUGAUUUUUCAUCGUCCCAGCUAGAGAUUUUGUCGGAGACUGAGUUACCGCUUCUAAACCCCAACGCCGAGGGCGGGGCGGACGUGGUGGCGGUGGAUGGGAAUUUGAUCGUCGCGACAGAUCGGGGAGUCCGCGAUGGGAGAGAGAAAGGGAAGAUCCACAUGCUGAGAUGGAACACAGCGGAUAGCAAAGACCCACCGGAGUUUGUUUUCAGCACAGAAACAGAUUUUCAACCAAGGCACACAACCGUUCUGGAUGAUCCGGUUGGAAGCGGGUCGUUUAGAAACAAAGGUGUGGAAGUUGAUGAUGUUACUGCAGUACAUAGAAAAGUGAUUGCAGUAGCGCACCAGGAAGGGAAGAGUGUGAGGCUUUUCAGUGCGGAUCCGGCGGAUAAGGGGAGGGCUUUGCAGGACAUUGACAUCGGGAAGCCCGUGAUGUUUAUUUUGCAGUAG